AUGCGAACUCACAGUGGAGAGAGGUGUUAUAAAUGUUCACAGUGUGGAAAAGCCUUUAAGCGUGCCUCAUAUCUCAUUAGACAUGAAAGAAUUCACAGUGGAGAACGGCCCUAUAAAUGUGAGGAAUGUGGGAAAUGCUUUAUUCAAGACUACUCUCUCUCUGUACAUUUGCGAACUCACAGUGCAGAGAGGCCUUAUGAAUGUAAGGAAUGUGGGAAAACGUUUAAGUGGAACGCAUGCCUCAUUAGACACAGAAGAAGUCACAGUGGUGAGAGGCCAUAUGAAUGUAAGGAAUGUGGGAAAGCAUUUAAGCACAAGCCAUCCCUCACUAUACAUAAAAGGACUCACAGUGGUGAGAGGCCUUAUAAAUGUAAGGAAUGUGGGAAGGGAUUUUUUCAAUCCUCAGACCUCAUGAAACAUGGAAAAACUCACUACGGAGGGAGAUCUUCAGAUGGAAGCAAAAGGCUCUAUAUAUGUAAGGAAUGUGGGAAAACCUUCACGCAAACCUCUCACCUUACUCAACAUACAAAUACUCAGGCUAGAAGAAAUGACAGCGGUGGCCAGAUCCAAGCACAAGGAGGAGCCACGGUACCCCACGGGCAGGAGUUGGAACCUCCUGUUCCCGCACGGAACGCCUUCCCUGAGCACCGCGUGGCGCAGACACCGGAAGUGAAAGGUAUUCCCCGCAGCCGUCCCUGCGUGAUCCUAGCCCGGCCGCCACAGCCGCUUUCUGCAUGGGGAGCAGCGACGACUGACCUGCGUCUCCCGGUGUGGGAUCAGCGAUGGCACCUGCGCUGGGCCCCGCGCUCAGGACUCAACGGGCUGCGUGUCCCGCUCAGCAGAGGGCGCUGGGAGGGCGGGGUGUUCGCGCGAUUUGCGGGUGAGUCGCGGUCCCGGAGUCCGGGAGGAAGUCAGUCCUCGUCCGCGGACGGCGGAGACCUAGGGAGGCUGAGACGCCCCCUUGAGGAGCGAGGAGACCCGGAACCUUCCCCGGAGGCGCGCUCAGAGGCGUCAGACGUUGAUGACGGGGAAAAGGCUGGCAGAGUGAUUGACCAGAUGCCAGCAGGGAGGGCGUCUUGCAAGUGCCCGCAGAUGGCGAGCGGCCGGUGGCGCCAGGCUGGGCCUCGUCAGGAUUCCGUGAGAAAGUGUACGGCCAAUCCGGGGCAGCUGGAGGGGAAAUAUGAGUUGCUGGGCAGUCUUGCUGUGGGCGAAGAGGGUUUUGUGGAGCUGCAGUAG